GUAUGUCAGAAUAUGUUGAACCAAAUCCGGAACCCGGCAAAUUUUAUCGUGGAUUGAUUCAACAAUUUGGAGGACCAAAUGCAAAGAAACUCGACAAGAAUGACAUUCUCGAGCUUAACCGUCUUUGCGCUGAAAAUAAAUGGGACAUGGUCAACAAUGUGCCACGUUCUUUUUGGCUUAUGAAUGCUAAGGAUAGAGCGAUUGCUUACAAAAUAUGGUUUAAAAUGGAUGUUCGCAAUCCUUAUAUCGAGGCGAAGAUUUUUCCAGUACUUCACAAAUGGCCGAGAGCUACUCCAUAUAUUAUCGCUAAUCGUUUCAUUGUGAUUACUGCAAUGUUUUUUAUAGGUAUUUGUUUGUUUUUAUUAAAACUUAAAAGAAAGGAUUCGAAAACCUUUUAA